AUGGGCGUGGUGCGCGACGUCGGCGACUGGCAGUGCGUAGGCCGCGCAACCGACGAGCUGGUGCUCGCCGGGGCGACGACCGCUAUACGACCCAUCCUCCUGUACGCAGACCCCAUCCCUCUCUCUGUUAUACACCACGCCGCCUGCGAUGGCCUCCUCAUUCUGUCACAGCAAUCUAAUUUCUACAUCUGCAACCCAGCCACCCGCAAGUGUGCUUCCCUGCCACAUCCUCCACUACGACCAGGCGUCAGUGUCGUCGACGUAGCCGGCUUCUACCGGAUCCACACAUCUGGAGAAUACCGUGUGCUUUGGGUGUUAUACUCCAUACCCAUGAGGGGUGACAUCACAGUUGACGAUCCUGAAUACUUCGUCCUCACGGUUGGAUCGGACCAGCCAAGAUGCAUCCAAUGGCCGACAGUUUUAGAAAAUGGGUUUCCCGCUGGCCGGUCCUACCAUUCUCCACCAGUCCACCAUCGUGCUAGCUUGCACUGGGCAAUAGGUCUCAACAUUACGGUAUUUGACAGUAGCCGGCAGAUGAGCCGCCCAUAACAGUUGGGAGAUAUGGUGUCAUUGUUGGAUACGGGUGGCACCCUUGCAUUGUGCCGCAGUGAUCGUAAGUACUGCACUUUAGAUGUUUGGGUGUUGGAGGAUUAUGAUGCUGAAACCUGGGGUUUUCAGUACCGGAUUAACUUGUUAGCGAUGGAGGCAUCACCGCCGCUUAAUUUGGGGUUUGGAUAUGUCGUCCCUAGGAUGGCUGUGCUCAACGAGCGUGAGCUUUUGAUCGGGCAAUGUUCUGGCCGCCUGUUGCAUUGUGACAUCGAUGGUGUGUUUCUAGGAAACGUGGGAAAUGAAGGACAUGAGAGCUGCUUGACACUUACUAUGCAUUGCCUUCAAGAGAGCAUGAUUUCACUUCCACUGUUUGAGGCGCAAGAAGAAGAUGCUGUGAACACGGAGCCUCCAUUCAGCAUAUUGCUAUAA